AUGAAAGACCGAACGAGCGACCACAUUCAUUUCCCACGCCAUGCCGAGCGGCUCCCUCGGCGCUCAAAUGGCGUUAGUGGAUAUAGCGAUCUGCUGGGCAGAGCUGUCUUGAUAUCAAUCAUCAACUACCUUGCCGAUGUUGUCGAUGCCAUCGAAGACAUCAAGCUUCCCAAGCAGCACAAAGACAGGACGAAGCUAAAGACCGACAAGAAGAAGAUGUGUGACACCAUCGUCAGAGCUGCAAACACUUUCACAUCACUCUUCAAUGCGGCAAAGAGCCAGAGCAAGUUCACGGAUCCUGCUCCAAAGAACUUGCCACUCUACCGGGAUGAGAUCCAAGGACAGUUGUUGUGCCCGCUAUCAAAAGCCAAGACAACGAAGGCAACCCUCAGUCGAGCUUUCACAUUUACACCUUACCAGCAAAGGCUCUCCACAAUAUUGAACGGUAUUGAGGAAGAGAUUUGCUGGUGGCUCAGACUUCCCCGACCGACCAAGACUUACGAGCACCACUCCAAGCAUCCCAGCAAGGCAUACGACGAGCGCUCGACACGAACGGGCACCACACGGACUAGCAAGUCUUACGAUCAUCAAUCAACACGAAGCGGCAAGCCCCAUGACACAAGGUCAUCACGGGUCAACCAGCCUAGAGGGCAGCGACAGAAGAGGAGCUCAUCACCUUCACCUCUGUCAAACAUCUGUGUUGUCAUGUAA